AGUAGGGUUGCUGUGGCAGUUCGCUUGGCGGUGGCUGGGCGCCUCGGUAAGGCGCAGUUUCGCUGCUUUCCGAGUGCCAGCUCAAACAUGGACUUCAGGGAAAUUCUCUUGAUAGCCUCCAAAGGACAAGGUGUCAACAGUGUGCCGAAAAGGUAUAGUUUGGCUGUGGGGCCUCCCAAAAAAGACCCAAAAGUUAAAGGUGUCCAAUCAGCAGCAGUACAGGCUUUUCUUAGAAGAAAAGAAGAGGAGCUCAGACAAAAAGCCUUAGAGGAGAAAAAAAGAAAAGAAGAACUAGUGAAAAAGCGAAUUGAGCUCAAACAUGACAAGAAAGCAAGAGCUAUGGCCAAGAGGACAAAGGAUAAUUUCCAUGGUUACAAUGGGAUUCCUGUUGAGGAAAAGUCAAAGAAGAGGCAGGCAGUGGAAAGCCUUACCAGCCAGGGAACAGACCAAGAGUAUGAGAUGGAAGAAGAGGAUGACUUCUUAGAAUACAAUCAAGGAGAGUCAGAGCAGGAGUAUGAGAAAGAACAAGAACCUCCCAAAGUUGAAAGCAAACCAAAGGUUCCCUUUAAAAGUGCCCCACCACCCAUGAACUUCACCGAUUUACUCAGGCUGGCUGAGAAAAAGCAGUUUGAACCAGUUGAGAUCAAGGUAGUGAAAAAAUCAGAAGAGCGGCCUAUGACUGCAGAAGAACUUAGGGAGCGAGAAUUCCUUGAACAAAAGCAUAGGAAAAAGAAACCUGAGACAGAUGCAAAACUACCUCCAACUGUGUCCAAAAAGGCACCCUCUCAGAAAGAAAGCAUGGGCACAAAACUUAGCAAAGGUUCUGGGGACAGGCAUUCUUUUCCCAAGGGAAUGCCCCUUCCUCAUGCUGAGAAGAAAUCCAGAUCCAGCACAGCCAAUGAGAAACAUUUAGCUUUGUCUUCAUCCAAAGCCAUGCCAGGAGAAAGGACCAAGGCAGGAUCUGGCAAUAGCUCCCAACCCUCGCUUCGUGAGGGCCAUGACAAACCUGUUUUCAAUGGGGCUGUAAAGCUGCACUCCAGUACCUAUUCACCAAGUGUCCCAAAGACUUCUGCUAGUGGGACUCAGAAAUUUAAUACUGAGCACAAAGCCAAAAAAUCUCCUUCCCAUCCCAGCCAUUCCAUGCCUGGGCCCACAGUCACCCCACAAAGUAAGGCUAAGAGUCCAGGUAUCAGGCAGCCAGGCAGCAGCUCCAGCUCAGCCACUGGACAGCCCAGCCCAGGGACUACUUGGUCCACAGUUAGUUUUGGCCAUGUGUCCAGGCGCCAGAAUAGCGGCUCCAGCUCAGGACCUGAGCGAUCAGUCAGUGGGACCAAGAGGCCAGCCAGUGACUCACAUCUCUCUGGGCGGACACUCAGUGGUGCAAGUGGCCCUGGACGAUCUGCAAGCAGCUCAUGUGGCCCCGGACGACCUGCAAGCAGCUCAAGUGGCCCCGGACGACCUGCAAGCAGCUCAAGUGGCCCCGGACGACCUGCAAGCAGCUCAAGUGGCCCCGGACGACCUGCAAGCAGCUCAAAUGGCCCUGGGCGACCCAUCAGUGGCUCAGGUUGUUCUGGGAGACCUGUGGGCAGCUCUGGAGGCAUUGGGCGGCCUAUGAGCAGUCCACGUGACUUUCAACGACAAGUGAGUGGUUCAGGCCCCCUUGGGCGAUCCAUAAGUGGAUCAGUUCCAGCUGGAUGGACUGUCAGUCGUUCAGGCCCUGGAAGACCAGUUAGCAGCUUGGGACCUGGGCAAACAGUUAGUAGCCCAGGUCCCCCCAUAAAGCCCAAGUGCACUGUUGUCUCAGAAACAAUUUCUUCCAAGAAUAUCAUCAGCCGGUCCAGCAAUGGACAGAUGAAUGGAAUGAAGCCUCGCCUAUCUCACUACAGAUCUGCCCAAGGUCCUCAAAGAAUUCCCUUCCCUACUGGUUACAAAAGGCAGCGAGAAUAUGAAGAGGAAGAUGAUGAAGAUGAUGAAUAUGACUCUGAAAUGGAAGAUUUUAUUGAAGAUGAAGGAGAACCUCAGGAAGAAAUAUCCAAGCACAUUCGAGAAAUCUUUGGCUAUGACCGAAAAAAAUACAAGGAUGAAAGUGAUUAUGCCUUACGUUACAUGGAGAGUAGUUGGAAAGAGCAGCAGAAGGAAGAAGCAAAGAGCUUAAGACUAGGUAUGCAAGAGGACUUAGAGGAAAUGAGGCGUGAAGAAGAAGAAAUGAAACGUCGGAAGGCCAAGAAGCUGAAGAGGCGUUAGCUGCUGCUUUUAUUUAUUUUUGUGAAACCCUGAGAUACUCUGCUGCAAAGAUUUCCUGCCUUUAGACUGAAGAAGCCCCCUUAUCAUAUUAGGUUUAUAUUUGGAUACUCGAGAAGGAAUACAUACUGUCAUUUGAACAUAAAGUAUUUUCAGAUAUUUCCCAGGGUGAAAUCUGUAAUGCAGACAAUGUAAUGCCCACUGUGCGCUCUUAUGAAGUUAACUGUUCACAAAUGCCAGCUUUGAUCCUGAUGAGCUAUGCACUCUAAUGUGGGGCUGCUCACCAGUCAGCCAAUCUUUUACUGUUCCUUUGCUACUUUAAGAGGAAAAAAAAAGAUUGCCUUUUGACUUCUUAAUAAUUCUACUGAUAUGUGAGUAGGGCACUGCCCAGCUCCCAAACUUACUUUUUAUGAGAAACCUGGCCCUUCCGUGAAUGUUGCCAGCAAUAAAGUGACCUGUCCUAAUCUAUAUGUUUGGAUUGAGAACUUGAAAAUGUAGAGUAGGCUUUAUUAUUAUCAUAUGGAUAUCAUCCCUGUGACUUUGAAGUACAAAGUAGAAUAAAUUAUAUUGUAUUCUGCAUUAUUCAUGGAUUGGAUGCUGAGCAUUCUUAUUCAUUAAUUUAGGUGAUUAGGCAAUUAACAAAAAAUUAUCCAAUUUAAAAUACAAGUUAUGCCAGUAUAAGAAUAUUCUUUUGAAGGUUUCCUUUGAAACUUACUGUUAUGUUGGGUUUGGUGUAAAAUAGACAAGGUCACUGUGCUGAUUGAUUUUUAUCUAAAAAAAUUUCAUUUUUAUAUUAAAGAAUAGUUAUUUUAUUCAAGCAUUAGAUUUGAAAGAGUAAUUGUUUAGAAAAUAAGGAUGACAUGUGAAGCUCCCCUCCUUCCUAUUCCCCUCACCCAUUAUAAAAAUAUUUUGGAAUUCCAAGGUGUCCCUGUACCUUUAGAUGUUAAAGACUUGGCAUUUUUAGCUUAAAUUUCUUAGCAAAUAUUAAUGACAAAAAACCAAAAACUAAAUUCAUGUGUAUCAAAAGCACCACUUCUCUUUUUGCCCAUAUUGCACUUUUAUUUCAAACUAUGCACUGUGAAGAGAUUUUUUUCCCAGGUAGAAAAGGAUGUUCUCUGAAACUGGUUUUACCAGGCUGUGGAACUUUUCUACAUUGUCACCCUUCUUUAAGUCAUGUCUAUAGACUUGAUAUCACUUAAGCCUCAAGUCCAAGCAAUUCCAAUCAGGCUGACCUAGAAUCUGGCUGGAAGGAAGCCAAGACGCAAGGACAGUCAGCAACAGAAAAUGAGAUUAUCAUGAUGCUAGAGAGCAUUUGUCCUUGACACUAUGUGUGGAGGAUUGGGGGCAGUCAGACAUAAGCUUGUAGGACAGUUACAGUAAAUGUUCUGGCUGUAUUAAGCCAUUGGACACUGGGGAUUAGGAAGUUGGUGAGGUUGUCCUACAAAGAAUCCUUUCAUUUCAACAGGUCCAUAUGUUGUUUUUGUAUAUUCUUUUUUAUACAAAAAGUCAUCUUUACCUUUCAGUUUUGGGUAAUACAGAUUAUCAUUGUUAGCUUCCCUUAGUAUAGCAUGUGACCCAGUCCUUUAAGAUCAACUCAUUUUGAACUGAAUUUCAAACUGAAAGUGCAAGGAUUUGAUUUUGAAUUUGAAUACCAUGAAAAGUGUCUUCAUCACUAGGAAUAACACCCUUUCUAAUUCUCCACAUAGAACAGUUAUACUCCUAGCAGAAAAUUCUAUUGACCUCCUGAGGAGCUCAUCUCAAAUACCUUCAAUGAAAUUUAUGUAAGGGUAGUGUGAUGUUCCAUGUAAUAUAAUAAGUUUAAAACAUUAUUUUCUUUGCCAUCACUGUGUUUUUUUCCCUUCAAAAGUUUUUUCUUAGAUAUAUUUUUUUCAAUAUUCAGACUCUGAAAUCAAGUGCUUGUCAUUGCUGAAAGAUUUCUGCUGGCUUAAAGUUUACUAGCACUUAAUGAUAUGGUGCAGUUAUGUGUACAGAAAGCACCAUUGUGCUAAAGUUCCAGAACUUGGUAGGAAGAGUCAGGUUGUAACCUUGUGUCUAUCACUUUUGAGCGCAUUUCUUCUACAAUAUAGAUGUUGAUUUAAGGGCACUUCUGUGGCUCAUGGCUCAUUUAAAAAAAAAAAAGUCUUUUAAAUUAAUCUUGGGCUUGUUUCCAAAUCCUGUCUUCCAUUAUGUUUUGCACUUCUGACCACUCUUACAAAAAACUCACAAGCCUUUGAAGAAACUGGAAUAGGCUGUUACUUUAUCAAGGUUUACAAAUUAAGUGCUUGAUUUUCAAUAUAUAUUCUACUGUUUUGAUUUCAGAUGUUCUUAACUCAAUAUUUGAAGAUGUGCCUUUUAUUGAGUAAUGUUAAUUCAUGAAUGUAGUAAUGUUAUUUCACGAUUGUAAUAAUGUUACAUGAUCAUGGGUGCGGCAUUCUCUAAUACAAAUGUAAAAAGAAAGUAGUUUUCAUAAAACUUAUAUGGCUCUGAUUGCACAGUCCCACUUGCUUUUGAUAUUGCUAUGUCAAAGCAAAGGGCACUUUCUUUUAAGGCUACUUUCAGAACUUGUCUUUGUAUUUUCUCUAAACUAUAAAUGCAAUUAUGUCCAUUUGGAGGCCAGGGUACCACAUGUCACAGACAGCCUUACAUGUGUGCCAUGAGAAGAUUCAAAGACUGUUAAAAAAAAGUCUGUGGGAACUCGAAAUUUCAUUUUUUCAUGUAAUCCCCCAAGAUUUUCUCCGAGAAAUAAAUUGUUUUUGUAUUUUGUAACUUAAAAGCAGCUAUUAGUAUAUUUCUGAGAUAUAGCAGGAGGCCAAAACAUGUUUGGAAAGAAUAAAUAUAUGAAGAGAUA